UUUCCAGAGGCAAGUAGCUUGUGAAACCCGGCAGAGCUAUAAUUGCUCUGCUGGUCCAUCCUCGCCUUCUGCCGUUGCGCGGUUCAUGGACGGCUCCAAUGGCGCCAGACAGAGAGUCCGGCACGGGCACUGGCAGCACAGGGGACUUGGUGGGCCCAUCUGCCAGUAUGAACAGCUGGGCGGCGAGCACCGUGAACACCAGCACUGGCUUCCGCCGCGACAUCAGCAGCCCAGGCACUGGAGGCACUGGCUCCUCGGGAAACGCAAGCCCGGUGGUGCUCGAGGAAGAUGAGGAUGCAAUGGAUGCAUCAAGGUCAAGGCGCACGAUGCGGGCAACGACGACCGCUGCUGAAUCGGAUGCUUUGGCGUUGCAAGAAGAAGUCGAGGACAACAACGUGGUGGAAAGGGGGAAGGACCGCAAGCAGCAAGCCUCGGAGAAGGCAGUGCCCUUUGUAGAGACUCAGCCUUUCGCCAUGCUUAUGGCCGGCGUGGUCCUGGCCAACUCCGUGGUGAUUGGCCUGGAGCUGGAGCUGGCAGGGAAGGAAAUCGCCCCUGCCUUGUUCUCCAUCGUCAACAACGGUUUUCUUCUCAUCUACAUGUGCGAGAUCUUCCUUCGCUUCCUUGCUCGCGGCCUGGCGGCGAUCAGGGAUGCUCUGACCUGCCUAGACAUUGCUCUGGUGCUGCUCACCUUCGUGGAGCGCAUGGCGGCCGGCGCCUCCAUGGCCCGCUCGCUGCCCUCCAUCCGCUUGCUGAGGCUGCUGCGACUGAUCCGGGCCUUCAAGCGCAUGCGCAAGAGCAAGGAGCUGGUGGUGCUGCUCAGCGGCACCUCCAAGGCCGCCAGGACCCUUUGCUGGGUUUCCUUGAUCCUCUUUACCGUGGCUUGGAUCGCGGCUGCGUGCACCCGCCAGGUGGUUGGCAACUCGCCGGUGUGGAACGGCAGCACAAACCCGAUGAUGGACUUUGAGGCAUUCAUGGCCUUCGACAACAGGGAGUACUUUGGGAAUAUGCCAAGGAGCUUCCUGUCCAUGAUCCAGGUGAUCACCAACGCUCAGUGGGCCAACCACAUCGGAAGGCCCAUUAUCUUGCGCUACCCCGCGCUGGCCGUCUUCUUCGCCUUCUUCCUGCUAUCCACCACCUUCGGCUUGGUCACAUGCAUCAUCUCCAACAUUGUGCAGGACUCGUUGGAGUCUUCCAGGGCCUUUGACAAGGUUCUCAAGGAGCUGGACCGCGAGAAUCGCCGGCUGUCCGGGCUGAGGGCUAGGCAGUUGCUGCUGCUCAUCAAUGAGGAUGGCACUGGCGAGCUGUCGCAGACAGAAGUGGGUCGUGCCCUGGAGAACGAGGAGUUUGUGGAGAUCCUGCGGGCACUGGAGGUGCCCGUGAUGAACUCCGAGAACCUCAUGCGGCUGUUUGACACCACUGGGCGUGGCCAAAUCAGCUUCACUGAGCUCGUGCAGGGGAUCACCUCGAUGCUGGAGGACAUCCACCCCAAGGACUAUACGAAGCUCGCCCUUUGGUCCGAUAGUCUGAUGAAGCGCAUGGAGAUCUUGGAGCGUCGGUGCACGGUCAUGGCGGCACAUGUGGUGAACCUGCGCCGCAAGAUUGAGGAGUGCUUCAACUGCCUUGCUUUGUUCCUUGACUCUCGGGAAAACACGGAGCUGUACUACCGAGCUUUGCGUGCCAUCCGCUCUGCGCCGCCGCCAGUGCCGGUGGAUAUCAGGGAAGCGUUGGGCCUUGAGAUCAAGGACAACAAGGUCAAGGAGAACGAGGCGGAAGCCUUGAUGAAUUUUGCCCGGCGCUACAUAGCUCCGAAGCAACAAGCGAAGAAGAAGAUCAUCGAAGAUGACUCAGACAGCCCGACCAGCCCACUUAGGGCCCCUUCGUCCCCAUGGCACACCGGCCUGCGAGUGGCGGCGACUCUGACAUGUCACAAGGCGGUGCUGUCGGAUCCCCCGCCGGCUAUCGCGGUUGACAUUGCUCGAAAGAUGCAAGAGCAGAAGGAAGCGCAAGGGGUGGAAGAUCAAUACGCCAUCAGAGCGGACAAUGCCUUCAGGCCGACUCAGAAGUUCUCCGCGCUGAAGGACUUGUUGGGCGGCAUGUGACAUCUCAUGCGGGCCGGCCGAGUGAAACUCCCAGGCGUAAGUUCGGGGCUGAGGCCCAAGACGCAAGACGCGACAAAUCCUGAUUUUAAAGUAAAC